CAACCCCAGACUUAAGAAGUUGACAGCAUGUUCUCAGUUUACUCUGCGCUCUGUCUCUCCGUGGCUCUCUCUCUGUGCAUGCCGCAGUCAAGUUGCUUCAGUGAGGACACAGCACCUGGAAUAACAGCAUCAGGAGACAUUAUCAUUGGAGGAAUGUUUCCCAUUCAUUCUAAUGUGGAUAAAAGCAACAUCUGUCACCUCACUCACGCCAACUGCCCGUGUGUCAGGCUUAAUCCCAGAGGCCUGGCCACUGCUCUAGUAAUGAUCAGCGCUAUAGAGUUCAUGAACAGGUCUCCUCCGCUGGCCGAUGUCAACAUCACACUGGGGUACUGGAUACACGAUACCUGCUCUGACGUCAGCACAGCACUGAGAGCUGCAGCAGAUUUCAACCGCCACACACAGAGCAACUUCUCCACAUUUUCCUCUCCAGUUGUAGCUGUUAUAGGAGCAUCCUACUCCGAAAUGUCGAUUGCGGUUGCCAGGCAGCUUACUUUGACUGCGAUGCCACAGAUCAGUUAUUCUUCAUCAGCCGUGAUCCUGAGUGACAAGAAUCGCUUCCCCACCUUCAUGAGGACCAUUCCCAACGAUAAGCAUCAGACAGCAGCAAUGGUGGAGCUGCUCAACAUGCACAAGUGGAACUGGGUUGGAAUCAUAACAAACGAUGGGGAUUAUGGCCGCUCAGCUCUGGAUUACUUUGUUGCACAGGCUUCUGAAAGGGGCAUCUGUGUUGCCUUCAGAUGCAUCCUUCCCGCCUCUCCGGACCACCAGGACAUGCAGUCUGCCAUCAAGCAGGCAGCCAAAACCAUCUUCCGCAGCCCGAAAGUUCAGGCCAUUGUGUCAUUUUCUGCCCCCUUUCACAUGAAACAUCUGUACCAGCAGCUUCAGAAGGUGAAGCAGCGAGAAGGGGAGGGAUCAAUGAGAAGAGUGUGGGUGGCCAGUGACAGCUGGUCCUCCUCCAGCUCUGUGCUGGGAAACUUCACUCUCCACGACAUCGGCCAUGUUGUGGGCUUCACUUUCAAAAGUGAACCGCUCUCAUCCUUGUUUGAGUACCUGAAGGGGUUGCAAGAGCUCGGACUCAAGGCCACAGACAAAAAUCCCUUUCUUCAGGAAUUUUAUGGGCAGCUGAAUAAAAGCCAUCAUUUUAAACCUCCGGAGUUGGUUUCCAAAGCUGUGGAGAUCAUCAGAAACAAUUCGGCCCCUGACAUGACAUUGAGCAUUGAGAUGGCAGUGAGUGCUCUAGCUCACGCCGUGGCCUCCAUCUGCCGAAACAGAGACUGCAACAGUGCGGCUACCCUGCAACCCUGGCAGGUGCUGUCGGCUCUGAAGAAGCAGAAGUUUCAGCUGUGGGGGAAGAGCUACAGUUUUGACAGCAGCGGAGACAUAAACUUGGGUUACGACGUGACAAUGUGGCAGUCAAGCCAGGGCACUGUUCAUGUCCACAAUGUCGUGGCUGAAUAUGAUACAAGCAGCAAGAGCUUUGUCCACAUAAACCAGACACACCCCAAACUGCUGCAGAACCUGAAGCACAUCAUUUCUCGCUGUUCAAACAGCUGCGUCCCUGGAGAGUUCAAGAAAACAGCUGAAGGUCAACACACUUGUUGUUACGAGUGCAUCAACUGCACUGAGAACCACUACUCAAAUCGCACAGACAUGGACCAGUGCCUGGCCUGCCAGAAAACGGAGUGGUCUGAAGAGGGAAGUUCCAGCUGCAGUCCCAAAACUCUGCUCUUCUUCUCCUGGCGGGAUGUCUUUGCCAUCGUCCUCCUGACAUUUUCAGCUGUGGGACUUCUCCUAGUCCUUCUCGUGUCAGUCCUUUUCCUGCGCCACCGCGCCACUCCUGUAGUCAAAGCCUCUGUGGGGCCACUGAGCCAGGUCAUUCUCUACGCGCUCGUCGUCAGCUUCAUCAGCACCACACUGUUUGUCGGGCGACCUAACAAUUUGCAGUGUAAAGUUCGACAUUUGCUCUUUGGUAUCAGCUUCACGCUGUGUGUCUCCUGCAUCCUGGUGAAGACUCUCAAGAUCCUCUUGGCCUUCCAGUUCAACCCUGCACUCCAGCAGCUCCUCCACAGGCUCUACAAACCCUACGUCAUCAUCAGUGUGUGUGUGGGGAUACAGAUGGUAGUAUGCAUCACCUGGGUGACACUCAAAGGUCCUACUAAGGACACUGUCAUGGGACCAGAGACCAUACUGGAGCACUGUAAUGAAGGAUCACAUUGGGGCUUCGGUUUCAUGCUGGGCUACAUCGCGCUCCUGGCACUGGUGUGUUUUGUUUGUGCGUUCAAAGGGAGAAAACUACCUCAACAAUACAACGAGGCAAAGUUCAUCACAUUUAGCAUGCUGUUGUAUCUGAUCUCGUGGAUACUCUUUAUCCCAGUCUACAUCAAAACGGACAGCCAGUACCGACCCGCUGUGGAGAUGGUCGUCAUCCUCAUCUCUAACUAUGGUGUCGUCGCCUGUCAUUUCCUCCCCAAAUGCUACAUUAUCAUCUUCAGGAAGGAGCAAAACACUACAAACGCUUUCAGGAAGAACCUCUAUGCGUAUGCCUGCAAGCCUACAAAAGCAGAGUCAGUGUCGAACAGUUCCGCAUCAGAGCAGCAGACCUGCAGUCAGCUGUCCAGCGUCACAUCCGUAGCUGUGUCCUGUACUGCUGUGAGACCGACCAUCACGGCGAGUUUGAAACACGCCAGCUUUCCAGAAGCUCGGUGUAGGAGCAUCAGUAUUUAACCCUUCUUGACUCACUCUUUUCUUCCCCUGCGUGCCAGAUCAUGGAAAGGAUUUUUGCCAUGUCAUCAAGUCCAAACUUGUCUCUGCCCAGUGAUGGACCGCAGAGUUGUGUACUACAUAAACUUGC